GCUGAGAAUUUUCAACAAAUCCGGGGAUUUUUUUUUUUCAUUAUCUGGAAACCUCACUUCCGACUUCCUUUUUCUCCACGCCGUUCAUCAUGCCUGCCAAAGCUGUGAAACGCCCAGGAAAGCCUCAGUCUGCCAAGGGUGGCAAGAAGAAGAAGACCACCUUGAGGUUCACAGUUGACUGCACACACCCCGUGGAAGAUGGCAUUAUGGAUGUCACCAAUUUUGAAAAGUAUCUGAUGGAGAGGAUCAAGGUUGACGGGAAAACCGGAAAUUUUGGCACCAGUGUCGCCCUGGAGCGUCAGAAGAACAAAAUCAACCUGACCAGCGAAAUCCCCUUUUCUAAGAGGUACUUGAAAUAUUUGACCAAGAAGUACUUGAAAAAGAACAACCUGAGAGAUUGGCUCCGGGUUGUCGCUUCCUCCAAAGAGGCCUUUGAGCUCCGCUACUUCCAGAUCAACCAGGAUGAUGAAGAAGAGGAGGAGGACUAAUUUUUAUUUAUUCAUCCUUCUUUCAUUUCAUGUUGAAUAUCCUUCUAAUUAGAGGAUGCAAUCACGUGAAUAAAGGGUUGGCUGGAACUUAA